AUGGGUUUCCCGAGAGUUUUGCUUCUUGCCGUCCUCAUUAUUUUGCUGGAACAAACGGUUUACGGGGAUUUCAAUUAUCCCAAUUUCACUGAAACGCUUAACGACCAUUUCAUUUUCAAUAAUUCUAACAUAGUUUAUGGUGCCUUGCAAGUCACCGCAGAAACGGCGAAUCCUGAUUAUCCCAUGGAGAAUAAGUCGGGAAGAGUGAUAUAUGAUAAAGCCUACAGAUUCUGGAGAGAAGACGGCAUCGCUGUAUCGUUUAACACCACAUUCGUUUUGAAUAUUCAAGUGGAAAAUGGAUCUUCUGGUGGGGAGGGAAUGGCGUUUAUAAUAUCUUCCAACAAAAAUGUAGAAGACAAACCAGAGGAUAGCCACGGGCUCUGGUUGGGGCUCUUCAAUUCCUUCAUCAACGGAUCGGAAAACAAUGAGAUGGUAGCGGUUGAGUUCGAUACAGUGAAGAACAAUGAGGUCAAUGACCCCGACGACAAUCACAUCGGCGUUAAUGUUAAUAGCAUAAAUUCCAAAAAUACAAAAUCUCUCAACAGAUCAGAGAUCAAUCUAAAGAGCGGCAACGACAUCACGGUGUGGAUACAGUUCCAGGGAGAUCAACAGAAACUGAAUGUUUACCUUGCAAACGGAAACCUGUCGUUCCCCAUGCCCUCGGAGCCCCUUCUCUCCGAUACCCUCAAUCUGUCCACCGUUCUCAGGUCAGAAGUUCGCUUCGGCUUUUCCGCUUCCACGGGUGAGAACACCGAGCUCAACUGUGUCAAAUCAUGGAGCCUGUCAAUCGAACCAGUCUCAACGGACAGAAGCGCAUUAGUGAUCAUUCUUUCCGUGGUCGGGGGCAUCCUGUUCGUUGCAGCGGUGGUGGUCAUCGUUCUAUUUACUGUCAAGUAUCGUAAGUCGCGGGCAGAAGAGGCGGACAUAGCGGGGACGAUUCAGAAUCUACCGGGUCGUCCCCGGGAGUUCAAGUACAAAGAUCUGAAGAAGGCAACGCACAACUUCAGCGCCCAGUCGCAGCUCGGGAGCGGCGGGUUCGGAUCCGUUCACAAAGCACUCCUUCACAAGGACAAAACCGCUGUAGCCGUGAAGCGCAUGUUCAAAGAAUCGAAACAAGGGAAACGCGAAUUCAUAUCGGAGAUAAGCAUAAUCAACCAGUUGCGCCAUCGGAAUCUGGUGCCGCUGCUCGGGUGGUGCCACCACAGUGGGCAGCUCAUGAUGGUGUACGAAUAUAUGCCCAAUGGGAGCCUGGAAAAGCACAUUUAUCAAGGGUGUCUGGAUUGGGAGCAGCGAUACAACAUUCUGUUAGGCGUGGCUUCGGCAUUGCUUUACCUUCACGAAGAGUGCGAGCAGCAGGUGAUCCACCGGGACCUCAAAGCCAGCAACAUAAUGCUUGACUCCAACUUCGAAACCCGUCUCGGCGACUUUGGACUUGCGCGAUUGAUUGAACACAACCGGACGUCAUGUACGCCCACAGAUGUGGCGGGCACUCCGGGUUACAUUGCUCCAGAGUGCUUUCAUACUGGGCGGGCGAGCGUGGAGUCGGAUGUGUUUGGGUUCGGUGCAGUAGUUCUUGAAGUGGUCUGUGGAAGAUCUCUUGGAUGGGGAAAGGAGAAGCCCGAUUUGGUGGGGUGGGUAUGGGAGCUUCAUCGAGAGAAUAGGCUUAUGGAGGCUGCUGAUUGUCGCAUCAAUCUGGCCUCGGCAGCCACUGUGAAUGAGGAAGAUAUAAAGAAUUUGUUAGUGGUGGGACUGGCUUGCUUAAAUCCAAAUCCUGGGGAGCGGCCGACCAUGCGGCAGGUUAAACAAAUGCUGUGCAGGGAGGUGCUGCCUCCCUUUGUUCCUCCAUUCAGACCUCCCUUCAUUUGGCCGUAUCCCGAAAUCAAUGGUAGCAGCUCCACAGCCAUUUUUAUUGUCCAGGAGAAUGGGUCAUCGAUGAACUCGUUUAUGGAGUCGCCUGCCGUACGUGUAGAAGAAAGCAGUUUAACUUAAUGGCAGA